CCAGUUUUACAAGCAGGGAUUAUCUCACAAUACACGAUUUUAGAAAUGUUGUCAAUAUUUGCUUGUAAUUGUCCUACAACAGCAGCUGCCCCAUGUUCACUAGACAUGUUUGCUUUUAUCAUUAUUCCUUUGUAUUGUUAUGAAGCUCAGUACAAAGCUGCUUUUACUGUGACUUGUGCCUCCCCCCAACCAAAAAAUAAAUAAAUAAAAAAAAGCUUAGUAAUAAUACAUGCGGCCAAACGAAUGCGUCAUGGAGAUGGGAAGAAGCCCUUAAAUGUUUAAUAAACGUGUUUCUUUGUCUAGAGCUUUGUAUGGGAUGCUAUUAAUAACUAAUCUGGUAGAUACCCAUCGUAUCUGUUACUAUAGCAUCUCCACUUGUAUCAGGGAUGCAUGACAACCUAGGAGGCUGUUAUCAGGUUUCAAGAUCCUGUAGCAUUGGUUGGGCAGAGGUAGAAUGUUAUGAAGGGCUUUCGUUUCAUUAAAAAUGUGCAUUAAUGCCAGAGCCAUUCUGCUCCCCAUGAGUUAAUUAUCAUGCUCAUGUACAUUAUUGUAUAGGAUCUAUAAGAUAAGUUUUCCCAAGUCGGUUCUUCUUUGAGUAGCAUCAGAUAACACUGCCCUGGUCCCUCACGAUGGCUGAUGUGGGUAUAAGGCUGAUUAAGUAGCAGCACAGUGUGUGAUGUGUGCAGCUGUCAUCCAUCCCUCCACAAUAAGGAUCACUAGAGGCAGAGCUCUUCAUCAGCUUCACUGGGGAGACACUGGCACUGACCGGAUCACUGAAGCUGGAUCUCCUUCACAGUUCCCUGGAUAGCCUAAAUGCAGCAUUUUUAAGUUGCAACUAACAAACAUAAUCUGAUUUUUUAAAAAGGGAAUUUUUUAAAAAAAAAUGCACUUGGAUAUUACAUUUCAGUAAGGAGCUCUGUGCAGGCGAUGAAUGGUUCUUCUCCAAGUGGCACUCUGGUUACUAGAUCUCUAAGGUGUAACCUGACAGUUGGAAUGAAUGGUUCAUAACGUCGUCCUAGUUAAACACAUUUACAAUGCCUUUCCAAGCACUCAGUUCAUUCAAAGAAAAAAUCUUCAGCCCUGGAAAGGAAGAAGUUAAGAACAGCAUUGGGGACUCGUUGGGGAACCUGCAAAGGAAAAUUGAUGGGAGGAAUAUAGAAGAGGACAAUAUUGAACUUGAUGAAGAUGGAAGACCGGUGCAAGCUCCAACUCAGCCUCCCCCAAGAUUUGACUGCUAUUGCUGCGGAAUACCAAAGCGAUAUAUUAUUGCCAUGAUGAGUGGCCUGGGGUUCUGCAUAUCUUUUGGAAUUAGGUGUAAUCUUGGCGUGGCCAUUGUAGAAAUGGUGAAUAACAACACAGUCUAUGUUGAUGGAAAACCAGAGAUGCAGAAAGCCCAGUUCAAUUGGGAUCCAGAGACAGUCGGCCUCAUCCACGGUUCAUUUUUCUGGGGCUACAUCAUAACCCAGAUACCAGGAGGGUUCAUUGCAAACAAGCUUGCUGCCAAUAGGGUUUUUGGUGCUGCUAUUUUUUUAACAUCUAUUUUAAAUAUGCUGAUCCCAUCCGCGGCCAGAGUUCAUUUUGGAUGUGUUAUAUCAGUUCGGGUUCUCCAAGGACUUGUUGAGGGCGUUACCUACCCAGCAUGCCAUGGAAUGUGGAGUAAGUGGGCACCUCCAUUGGAGAGAAGCAGGCUGGCUACUACUUCAUUCUGUGGUUCCUAUGCCGGUGCAGUCAUUGCAAUGCCACUAGCAGGAGUGCUGGUACAAUAUAUUGGUUGGCCCUCUGUAUUUUACAUUUACGGAGUAUUCGGCAUGUGCUGGUAUGUGUUCUGGCUGCUGCACGCCACAGAGAGUCCGGCUGCACAUCCUUCUAUCACGUUUGAAGAACGAACUUAUAUAGAGACAAGUAUAGGAGAGGGGAGCAACUUAGUUACAACUGGUAAAUUCAAAACGCCCUGGAAGAAAUUUUUCACCUCCAUGCCCGUCUAUGCAAUUAUAGUAGCAAAUUUCUGCAGAAGCUGGACCUUUUAUUUGUUGUUAAUUAGCCAACCUGCUUAUUUUGAAGAGGUCUUUGGCUUUCCUAUAAGCAAGGUUGGCUUGCUUUCUGCAGUCCCGCACAUGGUAAUGACAAUCAUUGUACCAGUGGGGGGACAGCUGGCUGAUUUCUUGAGAAGCAGAAAGAUUUUGUCCACGACGACUGUCAGAAAAAUCAUGAAUUGUGGAGGUUUUGGAAUGGAAGCGACACUUCUCCUGGUGGUUGGUUAUUCCCAUACCAAGGCCAUAUCCAUAUCAUUUUUAGUUCUUGCUGUGGGGUUUAGUGGCUUUGCUAUCUCAGGUUUUAAUGUCAACCAUUUAGAUAUUGCACCCAGGUAUGCCAGCAUUCUCAUGGGCAUAUCUAAUGGUGUUGGGACCUUGUCUGGCAUGGUGUGUCCGCUCAUUGUUGGUGCAAUGACGAAGAACAAGACACGGGAAGAAUGGCAAAAUGUAUUCCUGAUUGCUGCAAUAGUCCAUUACAGUGGAGUUAUAUUCUAUGGAAUAUUCGCUUCAGGAGAGAAGCAGGAGUGGGCUGAUCCUGAGAGCCUUAGCGAGGAUAAAUGUGGGAUCAUUGACAACGAUGAACUCGCAGAGGAAACUGAACUGAAUAAUGAAUCCUUCACUAGCUCAAACAAAAAAUCCAGCUAUGGAUCCACUAUUCACAGCAAUGAAACCCGCAGGAAGGGAUGGAGAAGCAAAAAGGGAACGACGCAGGAUAUAGAUGAACAGAAUUUCUAUGAGCAUGAAAAUGGAAAUUAUGAUAUGUCCUAAUUCCGGGGAAGCAAUGCAUAAUAUGUGGACAAAUUCCAUAUUUACAUGUUUUCUUAUGUGAGACUUGGGUUGAGAAUGAAAAAAAGCAUAGUUGUCUCCAGGAGCUUCUGAAAUAUCACCAAAACAUGAAAGAGCUGGUAAACGUACGUCACUGCUAUGGUAUAGUUAUAUUUUUCUACCAGCAUAGCUAAACAGAGAAAACCCAUACCCUGUACUCAUGCACUGGAUUUCCAGCCAUAUAUAUAUCUGUAUAUACAUAUAUUUGUGUGUGUGUUUGUGUAGAUGGUUGUACUGUCUGUGUAAUUGUGCAAUGCAACAUGUUUACGCAUGUGUCACUUAUUUUUUGAUCAAUGUUUGGGAACAGUCUUAGGAAUCUAUACAAAUAAAAGUAAAAUACCUACAGUGACAGUCUAGCUUAUGUAUCCCAGUUGUUGUAAAGUUGCCCCUCACAGCAUCCCACUGGCAGUUCUGCAGAAGGGAAUGCAAUUCUGCAGGUGAUGGGAUGUGGCAUCCCAUCAGCACCCUUAUCUGGCUACUUGCCUCACCCUGUCAUCCAGUUAUUAAAUAAGAGCUUGAAGUAAGAUUUCCAAGAAAAGGGUGCUGAUAGCUGAAUAGAGGCCUAGUUAUAAUUUCAUGUUUCAAAGGUAAGGUGGAGCUGAAAUAUUUUUAAGCAAUUUACAUCAAAUUUACAGACCAGGAAGCUGUGUGGGACUGCAGAUGUUUUCAGUACUGCAUGGAAUUAGUCCUCUUCUGUGACUUUUGCCUUUGCAUUUAGUUUCAAAAGGAUACAGUGGAGGGUGGAUCCCCUUUCUUUUUGGAAUCUAGUAUAAAACAGUUUAGAAUUUGAGAUUUUUUUUUUGAUUGUCACAGGAAGUAAAAGGGUCUUAACUAGGCUUGUGCUGAACUUGAGCCUUUAGAUUUGGCAAAAUAUUGCCCAAAUUUGCUGACUUUAGCUUGACACAUUUAUAGAAUUUUUGCUUUGUUUUAUUAGGACCCCAUUUCUCCUAUUUUCACAAACAUUAAUCAAGAUACUGACCCAUUUAUCAGCGGUAGCCUCACCUCAGUAAUAAAUGGAGUAAAAUACCAAAAGCUGUGAGGUGUGCUUAAACUGUAUUUAUAGGAUCUAUCCUGAACCCAAGGCUUUGAGCAGUGACCAUCCCAUAGAGUUCACUUGAGUUGAACUAAACACUUAUACAACACGACAAUAAAGAAAACAGCCCAAGUGGCAGGUGUAGAAUUUUGUAGGAAUAUGAUUAUAUUUAUUAUAUAUUAUAUUAUUAUAUAUUUAUAUUAUAUUUAUUAUAUUUAUUGUAAAAAAACAAAACUUAAGUGUAUGAAAAAUGUAGUCAAAGAAAUAAAGCAGUCUCCGACAAGCCAGUUAACCAGGCCUUCACGAGAAACCUGCAUAAUUUUCUAAAUGCAUAAUAAACUACUUUACUGCCGGUGAAGCCUUAGUCUGAUUUUAGCUAUGAGACAUAUUCUUGGUCCUAGGCAGAUAAAUGGGUACUGAUAUUUGUCUAUAAAACCUCUGCCAUACAUCUAUACCUUUUUACUGCAGUUCUAGCUGGCCAUACACGUGCAGAUCCACUCAUUUGGCAAGGGUGCCAGAAAAAUAGAUCUUUCCCCAAUAUGCCCACCUAAAGUGGGUGAUAUUAGGCUGAUCCGAUUGUUUGGUUCUAGGGCCAAACAAGCAGAGCACAACAACAGGGAUUCAGGGAUCUCAGAGAAAACAAACCUGCCUAAUCAAGAUCUGAACAUUAUUCAGCUAGAGAGAGGCCCUUCAGAGGGCCCCAUACAUGGGUAGCUUAAAUCUGCCUAUAAAUGGCCACCUUAGUGCUAGGGUUCUCUUUGCAUGCUGUGUACUCAGCAAAAGGAGAUAACACCCAUGCCAUGCCUUUCAAUAAUGCAGAUAAAAUUUGCAAAGGGGCACAAGGGCUGUGCCUAUAUUGGCACAGUUUGUGGCAGGAGGAAUGGUGGUGGAAUUCUGAAAAGAAAAGCUGCUUUGAAUAAAAAGAGGCACCCAAUACUCCCAAAUCAGUACUACAGGAUAUCAAAAUUGUCUUGACAGGGCAUUCAAAAUAAUGGCUACUAUAUAUCCCCAGUGGGUUUGGUUGUUAUAGGUAGAAACAAUAAUAUUUACUUCAAAUGUUCUACUGUUUUCUUUAUGGGAACAUCUGCGCUCAUACAAUUAAACCAAAUCUAUCUCUUCACUUACUGACAUCAUGAACCUGAUCUGUAAAGGACGCUGUAUCUGAAUUUCUUUGCCUCUUUUGUUUAUUCCACCUAUGUAUGUGUGGUCCAUUGUGUGGAUUGUUUUUGCUGUCUAGAUCCUGGUGCACUCCAAAUAAAUUAUUU